AUGGACCAUGACUACUUUAUUCCUUUUUGUGUUCUUGUUGGUGUCAGGAUUUUAAGAUGGCCCGGAAAGGUCGAUUCACAAAAAUCAAAGUUUGGACCAGGGUUUCAGCAACCUCAAGGGGGAGCGAAUGCCACUUCAGACUCCCACCAUGAUGGCUCUGAAAUUCACCCGAACAGUGGGGAUAGUGUCCCUGCAAGCGGUGAUAGUGUCCCCGCUACUUCACGCCCUUUUCGUCCCCCGCGAAGUGAACCAAGGCCUGCUCCACAGAUGAGCACACACAGUGUCCGGAACUCGCUGCCAGACCAUCUAAGCUUGGACGCUAAUGCAGAUGAGGAAACUCUUCUUGAUGAAGAAGUUGACAACCUUCAUGAUGCUUCUGGAACUCAGAUUCGCAGAGGACGCAAGACUACCGAAUUUUGGGCGGUUAGGACCAUCGAUUCUGACGGCACAAUCAAGCCGGCAAAACUAAGUGUGAGGGAGGCUAUGAAACGGCCUAACGGUAGGAAGAUCGUGCUUAGGUUCAACAAUGCAAAGCAAGCUAUUGGGGACGAAGCUGGAGUGUUGAGUGGCGUGCUUGGUUUACUGGGAUCUAAUUUUGGAAAAUUUCCCAUCUGUAGAACAAGUUGGCGUGAGAUUACCACGAAAGACAAGGUCUAUAACGAAUGUGUCAAGCAAAUAUUCCACUUUGAUGAAGACAGCGAAGGACUUAUAAAGAAAAAUAUUUUGAAAAGUUUGGGAAAGUCUUGGAAGGAAACAAGGCUGAGGUUGUAUGACCGUUUUUAUGAGCCAACAUUCACGACUGAACAAAAUCUUGAGAAUCGGCCGCCGGGAAUUGAUCGAGAGCAUUGGAGAUGGUACCUUGACUAUCGCGCCAAACCUGAGACGAAGGAGAAGUGCAAGAAAAACGCGGUCAAUCGAUCAAAACAACAAUAUACUCACACUGGCGGCUCGAAAAGCUUCGCACAGCGGAUGGAAGAAGAGGAAAGAAUUGAGGAGAUCGAGCAACAGGAUGAGUCUUCUAGAAUGUUGUCUCAGAAUGAUUCCAUUGCUCAAGUUUUCGGAAAAGAGAAACCGGGUAGAGUACGUGGUAUGGGAUCUGGACCGACUCCUAGCCAACUCUUCGGUCCGAAUUCACAUGCAUAUGGCAACGGAGUCCAACAAGAGGAGACCCAGAGGAAGCUGCUUGAACUGCAGGCAGAGCUGGAAGGCGAGAAGUUGAAGAGAAAGGCGAUGGAGGAUGAGGCAGCAUCAGAUAAGAAAAAAUUGAAGGCGAUGGAGAGUGCUCUGAUUUAUCUAUUUCAACGGCAGGGUGAGGAGCUUCCCCCAGAAAUCGCUGCAGGGAUGAGUUUCGUGGAAUGA